AUGUCCCUCCAGACCUCUAUGUACCACGCCGAUUCCGACGCGGAUGACGAGUACGAGCGCAGUGUCAUCACUUCCCCACACCUCCAAACGGACUCGGAAGCCUCUCCCACGGAUUCCGAUAUUCCAUCCGCUGAACAUACCCCGACCAAAUUCGGAAGUGAAGGCCCGCGCACCCCUCGAACAAUCAUCUCAGAAUGGACAGCAGAUGAAUGUGUGGAUUUUCUGACGUCGCUGGGGUUGCUUCAAUAUUGCGGCACCUUCCGAGAAAACGGGAUUGUAGGUGAAGCGCUUAUCGCGCUGAAACACGAUGAACUCAAGGAAAUGGGAAUCAACAGUGUUGGUCACCGAUUGACGAUCUUGAAGAGUGUCUACGAGAUCAAGAUUCGGCAGCAUGUGCCUCUCGAUGUCGACCACUAUAUCCCGCUUUCCGCGGAUCAGAGCAUGAACGAGAAUGCCACACAGGAGGAUAUCGCCCGAUUGAUUCAGUCGAUCCAGCGUCGCGACGAGAAGAUCAUGAUGGUCGAGGCUGAAAUGCACCGUCUCGCCGAGGAUUACAGAAGGUUAAGGGAGGAGAUUCUACCGGUCAUCAAAAUCGCCAAAGAUCGAUCCCAGCCUUUGCCGCCUCCAUCCUCCAUGGGAACAACCUCGGACAGCUUCCACGACAGCACCACUCUCACCUCUCCCUCACAACUCACCUUGGUCGACAACUCCACGACUUCUAAACUCCACCGAGCUUUCUCCAAGCGCACCUACACCGGAGGUACUACGCCCAAGAACAACUCCCCCACACACAUUCCGCCCUCUAUAUACGAAGCUCGAAAUUAUCACGACAACCAAAAUCUUGAUCCCUCUGCUGCGGCUGUGGCUGCAUCGUCCCAUCUCUCAGCAUCGGUGAAUGGAGGACUCCAACAUUCUCCGGGUGUCCCGUCACCUACCUCUCCCAACGCACAUACAACUCAACACCAAACACUUAACCCACGAUCAUACAGCCAACCCAGCUCUGGUGGUCGUAGUAUGCAUGACCAUUCCGAUGAUAUACCGCAGAGAAGUGCAUCCCGCUCCGACCGUCUUACUCCCAACCAGCAACCUUCCCGAACAGAAACACCUUCGGGAUCACGCGAAUCAUCGGCACCCCCCGGUCAACCAUCAAGCGUGGAAAUUUUCAAAUCUUUCCGAGUAUCCUGGGAUGAUCCCUGUUACAAGGUGCUUCCGGCUGCUCUGAAGAAAUACAACAUCCACUCCGAUCCAAAGCUUUACGCGCUGUAUAUCGUGUACGGAGACCAGGAAAGAUGCUUAGCAUUGGAUGAGAAACCGCUCAUCCUCUUCAAGCAGCUUGAAAAGGAAGGUCGGAAACCGAUGUUCAUGUUGCGGAAGAUUCACCCAGACAAUCCCACUUACCCUGUUCCUGGUUCUGCACCUAACAGCGCAGGAUUUGAAAGCGGGCGACCACAGGCGCAGAUAAACCUCCCAGGAGGAGUUCUGUGA